AUGAACGCCCCUAUUGUCGCCGACCCUCGUGACCUCAUGGAUUUGGACUGCAACUUCGACAUGGGCACCGAGGACCUAUAUGCUGUUAAGUGGUACAAGGAUGAUCAGGAGUUCUUCAGCAAAUGUGAAUACUAUAAGAUGGAAGCUCUGGCCGACUUGAAGAAGUAUAUUGCAGAACAAAAUCAAAUUGUAGUAUCGAAAUUCACCGCACAAAUAAAUGACUUGAAGGAUAUAGUUCUGAGUAGUUCAGAGAAAGUAGAAAAGCUGGAGAAUGAAAUAAAAAUACUGAAGAGUCGAAAUACGCAGUUGGAAAAAGCCGUGAGAGAGAAUAACAUCUUAAUCUUCAAUUCUGAUUAUGUUGAAGGAAAUCUAUUAGAAUUCACACUAAAUUUACUAAAUAGCAACCUGGAACUGAAUAUUAGUAAAGAAGAAAUAAACAGAGUAUACAUAAUCGGAAACAACGAGAAGGAAAAAAUAAUAUUGAUAAAGUUUCUGAGAUUCAUCACCAAGCAAGAAAUACUGAAAAGUUGCAAGAAACUCAAGGGAAAGAGAUUAUCGAUAGUAGAGGAUUUAUCGCAAGAAGAAAGAUCUGAAAGAAGAGUUCUGGUUGAGAAAUCAAAGGAAGCAAGGAAAAAUAACAAAAAAGCUCAUGUUUUUCGCAACAAAUUAUUCAUUGAUAGUAUAGGAUACACCUACAAAGACUUGAUAACAAAUGCCCAAAGAGGGGUGAACGAAGUCAAUCACACCCAAAGCCAAAAGAGACCGACAACUUCACCUGCUGAUCGACAGAGAGAAGAAAACACCAAAAGAACAAAUUCAGAGUCUGGUCCCAGUACUAUCGACACUGUGAGGAGAUUGACUAGAGCCAACAAAAACGUUUGA